AUGUUUAAAGCAGCAAUAUUACUCUCACAACAAUAUCAUCUGACAAUUGAAGGACAAUCGAUUGGAUGGCAGACAGCAGAAACUAGUGGUAAUGUGAUCAAUGCUUUAAGUAGUACAUGUCGAGCAAUAUCCACAUCAAAUAUUGUUGGUAUUGUCGGACCGGCACUUUCACGCGAAGCUCAUGUUAUUGCUCAUUUUGCUAAAGCUAUUGGUAUUCCUGUUAUAUCCUAUUCUGCAACGGAUCCAGAUUUAUCUGAUCGAAAUAUUUAUUCGACGUUUUAUCGCACAGUUCCUUCGGAUAAUACAGCCGCAUUAUCGAUUACAAAAUUAUUCAUGCGAUUUAAUUGGACAUCCUGUAUCAUUAUUUAUCAAAAUGAUGCAUUUGGAUCUGGUGGUGAAAAAGCAAUUAUUCGAGCAUUUCAGAACAACGGUUUGAUUGUUAGAAAAAGUCUUGUAUUCGAUAUAACGACACAUCAAAUUCGAGGUGAUUUGAAAAAUGAAUUAAUUAGUAGUUCAACACGACUGGUCAUAUUAUGGGUUGAAUCUACUUUUAUAUCUCUUAUUUUACAAAAGGCUAUUGAUCAGGAUGUACUUGGUCCACAAUUUACAUGGAUAUUACUAUCAAAUGUUCCAUUGAAUUCGUUCGAUCAAAAUUCUUAUCAAAAGUUAAUCGGUAUGCUGACCAUAGAACCCACUAUCGGAUAUAUUGUUAAUACACCCAUUAACUCAACAUUAUUAGAUGCUGCGUACAAUAUUUGGAAACAAUACGAACCUGAAUCAUUCCCUGGACGAAAAAAAGUAAAUAAUCAUGCAUUAUUUGCAUUUGAUGCGACUUGGUCAUUGAUUCAGUCUUUGGAACGAUUUUGUUCAUUAACGAACACUUGGUCUUCCUCAUGUGUAUCGAUUCUCAAUUCUUCAUUCUGUUUUGAUCAUCGUUUUCUUCAUACAAAUACAUUUUUCGACACAACUAUGAAUAUGACAUUUCUUGGUGUAUCUGGUCCAAUUCAAUUUAAUACAAAUGUAACUGAUCGAAUCAGUGGUAAUUAUUAUUUAGUACAAAAUAUUCAACCGUAUGAAAAUCAUAUCGAUUAUGUGCCUGUAUUAGAAUGGUCUGAUAUAGACGACUGGAAAUCGUCUUCACGAAGAAAUGUUAUUGUAUGGCCUGGUAAUACACUAAUACCUCCUACUGGUCAUCCAUCUCUUUCUAGUACGAGAUUACGAAUUGGUGUCAUUGAAUCGAAACCUUUCACAAUGAUUACGAAUGUUAUAGAUGAGUUUGGACAAAGUACAACAAAAUUAAUUGGUUUUGUGCCUGAUCUCAUUGAUCUUUUACAAGAAAAAAUGAAAUUUAUUCAUCAAAUUUUAUUAGCACCUUCAAAUCAGACCUAUGCUGAACUAGUUAGAGCAGUAAUAAAUGGUGAUUACGAUAUUGUUAUUGGAGAUGUUACUAUUACGGCUAGUCGACGAGAAAAAGUCGGCUUUUCAAAUUCAAUAUUUGACAAUUCUUUACGUAUUAUUAUGCGAAAAAAUAUUGAUGAUAAUGUAGACUUUCUUUCAUUUUUAAGACCAUUCUCAUUUAGUCUCUGGAUAUUACUUUUUAUUACAAGCAUUUAUGCUGGUGUUUUGAUCUGUAUAUUAGAGCGACCAGAAAAUGAGGCAUUACACGGUAAAUCAAUCAUUUCUUCAACUGCUAUGAGUCUGUGGUAUGCUAUUGGCACUAUUAUGGGAUAUGGUGCUGAUUUUCAUGCAAGCACUGCAGCCGGGCGAUUAUUAACGCUUGGUCUUUACUUCUUAAGUUUGGUAUUAGUAGCGACAUACACUGCAAAUUUAGCAUCAGAUCUAACUAUAUCAAAAUCGAAAUCUCUUAUUACGAGUAUUGAUGAUAUAAAAAAUGGUAAAAUACCAUUUCAUCGUAUUGGUAUUCGUAUCGGUACAGCAGGUGAAGAAUAUUAUUUACGAGAAAUUUCUGGUGGAAAUCGAAAUUAUUAUUCCUUAAAAUCUCGACAAGAACUCUAUGAAAGUCUACUAAACGAUAUUAUUGAUGCAUCUUUUAUAGACACCGGUGUCGGAGAAUAUAUAACUAAUACUUUCUAUUGUAAUUUAACUCUGAUUGGUGCAGAUUUCGAUAAGGGUGCAUUUGGUGUUGUUCUUCCUAAACAAUGGGUGUAUGGACAAGAGCUUGAUGUAAGCAUAUUAUCAUUACGAGAGUCAGGUGCUCUUGAUGAUUUGAAAAGAAAAUGGUUUCAAACCAGUAGUUGUCCUGAUACAUCUGUUGCAUCUACUAGUACUGCCAUUGAAACCAUGAGUGGCUUAUUUCUUACAUUUGCAAUGAUUAGUGUUCUAUCAUUACUUUUAUUCGCAUGGAAAAAACGUUUUAUUAUACAAAAUUAUUUAUGGAAACGAUUAUGUCGAAAGGUUUCUCUCGCAUUCCAAGAUACUUCGACGAUACGACAUUCAACCGAAAUUUCGAAAUAUUCUGAAAGUACUAAUCCAGUUUCAUGCUCGAAGGCAUGUUUUUGA